GUGUCGUUCACAAGCCAAGAUUGACUGAAAUGCCGAUAAGUACAGUGUCGCCAAAUUGAAAGUGAAAAAGAGACUAGCAGAAUCAAAUGGCGAAUCUAGACGAGGUGAAGAUGGUGUGGAGACUAGCAGACGCUGUAAGCUUCGAUGUUGACUCAACAGUUAUAGUAGAAGAAGGAAUCGAUGAAUUAGCCAAGUUCUGUGGUAAAGGCGAUCAGGUCGCUAGUUUGACGAAACAAGCAAUGCAGGGAAACAUGACAUUUCAACAGUCAUUAACCAUCAGGCUUAAUAUCAUUCAGCCGAGUUUCAAACAAAUUAAAGAAUUUAUACAUAGCCAUCCACCUAAAUUGACACCUGGAAUCAAGUCAUUAAUCCAAGCUUUGCAAAUCCAAAAAAAGCAGGUGUAUCUUGUUUCUGGUGGCUUUUACUGUCUUAUUGCACCAGUUGCUGUAAAACUUAAUAUACCUUUAGAAAAUAUCCGUGCCAACAAAUUGAAAUUUUAUUUUACAGGAGAAUAUGCUGGCUUUGAUGAAAAUGAACCAACUUCUCACAGUGGAGGUAAGGCUGAAGCGAUUAAGAGAUUAAAAGAAGAAAAAGGAUUUAAAACUGUUGUUCAUAUUGGGGAUGGUGCAACAGAUCUUGAAGCUUGUCCUCCAGCAAAUGCUUUCAUUGGAUAUGGUGGUAAUAUUAUUCGAGAAAGUGUAAAAGCACAUGCACCUUGGUUUAUUAUGGAUUUCAAGGAUCUUCAAGCAGCUUUAUAGUCAUUUUAAUAUAAUUUCAACAUAAAAGUCUAAUCAUUUAGGAGAAAAUGAAUGCAUAUGCAAAUUAUUUAAAAGAAUACUUUAAACAAGGACCAUAUUCUGAAAUAGAAUGACUUACAUAAUAUGUGUAGAUGUGUAAAUAUUACUGACAGUAUUUUUUAUAUAGUGGCAUUGUUACAGAAUAUGCACAAGAGCAUUAUUCAUUGUGGUAAUAUUAAACUGUUGACGAAUUAAAGAUUUAAUGAUUGUUAGUAAAAAAUCGUAUAA